UUAUGGUCAAUGGCAACCACUUCAGCAAAUCAUCCAAUGAGAGAGCGAACAAAUUAUACAACUCAUCCAUUAUAAAAGUGACUGACACAUGACAAAGAGGAGUUUCCAAUUCUUUCGUCACACCAACAGGUUUGAAGCCAAUGAUCAGAAUGAUAACUUUGCUGGGUAUCUGUAUUGCAAUAUUGUCACUGUCAAAUAGUUGCAAUGGAGGAAAUUGUCUGAAAGGAAGAUAUCACAAGUCAACAUCUGCUCCUGAGCCAGGAAUGAGGGAGUGCAGACGUUUCUCUCAGUCUGCAUGCUGCUUCUCCAAUUAUACUGAACUGCUUGCUGUAAGCCCAGUGACUAACGUAGGUGAUACAUAUUGGGACCGUUGUGGACAACUUAGUCCAAGAUGCGAAGAGUACAUGAAAAAAGUAGAUUGUUUUUACUAUUGCUCACCCCUUGCCUUCAACUGGAUCAAUCCCAAUAACUCGUAUUCAAUUCUUCAUGUCCCAGUCUGCAAGAGCUUUUGUGAUGACUGGUAUGCAGCUUGUAGGAAUGAUCGGACCUGUGUGAGAAACUGGCUCACUGAUUGGGAAUGGAACGAUCAAGGAAAUCACUGCAGAAAUGAAUGUGUUCCCUACCAUGAGAUGUAUAGGAAUGGAAGGGACUUCUGUGAGAGCAUUUGGGGUACAUCUCUGAAAGUGGCUUCAUGCCCUUGUCACUGUCUGAUGCUGGAUGAUGAUGAUAACAAUGUGGUCCAGCACUUGCAGUCCCACAGCGAAGAAACGUCAGACUGCACAGAAACAUCCAGACAGAGAUGCUUUUUGUCAGCAGCGGCAGGGGGGUCUGCAUGACAGGAGAAGGAAUUAACAGCAUAGAAGAUCUGAGGACAUUCCUAUCCAGGAAAUUUUUUGAAAAAUCAAGAAUAAUGGUUUGAAAAAUGUAACAUUUCUACCAUCAAAUAAACAAAGUCAAGAAAAACUUUUUACUUUAUUGACUCUUUGAUUAUUAC